GAUUAGCAAACAGCGCGUGAUGGAAACGAAUGGAACCCAUGCUAAUAAUCUACACUGAGAUGUCUCUCUCGACUUCACAUAUGUCGACCGACACAGAGAAUCGACGACGGAGAACGAACGUAGACGGACAAGAUCUGUCAUGGCACAGAGAUCACCGGGGAGAGUGGCUCCAUGAGCCGUGUGUGGCCAGCAUGGACCUGGAGCAGGGGGGCGCCUCUUCACCCUGCUCCUCUCUCCUCCCUGGACCAGGUGUCUACAAGCCAAAAUCCCUGACGGCACUCGGAGGACUCUGCUCCCAUGCUUCUGAAUGUGUGUUGGAGGAUGUCACCGACAAGACCACUAUCAGAGCAGAGAACGAAGUGGAGGCCCACAAACUAGCCAACAACUACAGGUUUGGAUUCAGGAAGUGGAAGAGUCAUGUGACGGAGCGCCCAUUCGAGGUCAGGUCUGACGUGGUCAAGGAGCUCUAUUCCGAUCUCAGUAUCAUCAAACCACACACAGAUCAUCUGAUCACUUGUGGGAAUGUGGUGUAUGUGUUGUUGUUCGGCUGGUGGGUGUCUCUGGUCUACCUCCUGGUCAGCAUACUGAUGGUCAUCACCAUCAUUGGGGCACCAUACGGGAAACUGUGCUGGAAACUGUCAUUGUAUUUCUUAUGGCCAUUUGGGAAAUCCAUACAGGAGGUGGGAGUGUGUGCAUGUGGGUGCUGUGGGAGGUUGCCCCAUUUUGAGGUCAUCCCAGAGGGGGUGGAGGACGACAAAGACCUGUCACCCAUUCUCCUACCUUCACCCACUGAGGAGCAUAUCCCGGACCUUCUACAGGCCCCCCCACAGAACAAGCGCUACUGGCGUUGUGUGAGCACGUACGUGUGGCUGCUAUUGGGUUAUCCUUGGCUGGCUGUGGUUCAUUCCCUGGCCUGCCUGCUCUCCUGGCUAUUGGUGUUCACCAUACCCGUGGCCAAGAUGAAUGCACGGACCCUGGCUUCCAUCCUCCUCAUGCCCCCCAAGAGCCUCGCUAUCUCCUCCUGCUCAACGAGGAAGCCUCAGGUUUGUGAGACUCAAGCACUGCUUUGCUGCUACCAUGCGGUAAACUGGAACUACUACAAAUACACUGUGGAUGGGAUCAAUGUGUUUGCAGUCAACCUCCUUCCCCUGGUCAUCAUUUCCCUUGUGAUCGGCUACGUAGACAAGGGUAACCAGUUUGCAAGCUCCGAGGUGAAGUUUGCCACAGCGAUCGUCUCCAUCAUUCCGCUGUCCUACUACAUUGGCAUGGGCAUCGCCAGUAUCUCUGCCCAGAGUAACUUUGCGGUUGGGGCGGUGGUGAAUGCUACCUUUGGCUCCAUCACAGAGAUGACCUUCUACAUCACGGCCCUGCUGAGGGGUCACCGUGCCGGGAAGGCCUGUCUUCAGGAGGUGGUUAAAUCCGCCCUCACCGGGACCCUGCUGGGCUGCAUCCUCUUCAUCCCUGGGAUCUGCAUGAUCAUAGGAGGGCUGAGACACAGGGAGCAGAGGUUUAACAGUCGUUCAGCUGGGGUCAGCUCUGCUCUGCUUUUCAUCUCUGUGGGAGGUGUGUUUGCCCCCACACUGUUCUCCAAGGCUUAUGGGAACCUGGUGUGUGACAACUGUACCGACUCCAUGGGUGGCAAAACCAGCGGGCCGUUCGUCUGCCACAACUGUCAUUACGACCUGAGUGAGAAUAACUACACCCUGUUCCACAACCACAUAGAGCCACUGGUGUACACAGUCUCCGUUCUCCUGCCCUUUGCAUACAUCAUUGGUCUAAUCUUCACACUGAAGACACACUCACACAUCUAUGACAUUCAUGUUGGUGAAGGACAGGUGGCUGGUCACCAGAAUGCUGUUGUCCUUUGGUCUCGCUGGAGAGCUCUGGUCAUCCUCAUCAUGGCCACUCUUCUAAUGUCAGCCUGUGCUGAUGUCACUACUGAACACAUUCAGCCCAUACUGAGCCAGCCCAACAUCUCCCAGUACUUCAUAGGAGUGACGGUGUUGGCCAUGGUACCUGAGAUCCCAGAGAUAGUCAACGGGAUCCAGUUUGCCCUUCAGAACAACAUCAGUCUGAGCCUGGAGGUGGGCAGCUGCAUCGCAGUACAGGUCUGCAUGCUCCAGAUUCCUCUGCUUGUCUUAUUCAACAGCUUCUAUGAUGUGGGCUUUGUGCUCAUAUUCUGUGACUUGCACCUUUGGGCCAGCAUAUUCAGUGUGAUUCUUGUCAACUACAUCUUCAUGGAUGGCAAAUCGGACUAUUUCCAGGGCGCUGCUCUGGUUGUGGUUUAUCUGAUCCUCCUGGCAUCAUACUUCUUUGCUCCGUCACCAGCUGGAUGCUGAGUAUCUGCCUCAUACAUUUAACAUCGGAUUGAGAAGAGUUAUGGGAUUGAUUAUGGUGUGCUGACUACUGAACUUUUGACAACAUUUCAAAACUAUUCCUUGUUUGCCAUUCCAAAAACAUGUUUCAGCCUUUGAAGAAUUUCGGUCUUGAAUGCUCAGGUGUUGUUGAAAUGUCUGGAACUGCUCACCUUUCAACUGUUUUAAUAACAGCUAACUAAUCCUCAAUCGCACACAUUUUACCUCACAUCUGUUUCUGUCAAAAUCCAUGCAUACACAUGCAUGCACCUCCUUUUCUUAAAACUAUUACAAUGAAACAUGAUUAAUGUAAGCUAUGCAAACUGGAGGACAAUACCUGUCACAAGACAUUGUAUGGUUUGGAAAACUUUACACUGGACUCCCCUCUCAGAAGAUAGUUUUUUAUCUUUGUACUUGUUUGUGAAAACCACUUAGUACUUUUGUACUUUAACAUUAUGUCUUGACAAUGGCGUUGUAAAUAUUAAAAGUAGAUAUUUAAUAGCCAAAGUGAGUGUUUAACUGAUCAAUCAGUGGUUUCCAAAUAAACUAUUCUUUAAGCAGAACAUUUCCUUCAAUGACCAUACCUUCUUUUAAGGAUUUGAUGUGUCAACAAAUUGCCUAUCCAGAUUUCUAGAGCCAGAAACCUUUUACAAAGCCACUAUUGUUUAACCUGCCAAGUACCCAACGCAAGCUAUUGUGGUCUAAUGAGACCAAAAUAUAACUAUUAAUACUAAAUGCCGAACACUAGAUCGGACACUAAAUCAACUCUCAUCGCCUGGCUAAUACCAGCCCUAGGGUAAAGCAUGGUGCUGUGAGUUUCAUGAUAUGGGAAUGAUUCUCAGUGGCUUCUCCAAAGUUAUUGUGCAAAUCAUACCCAAAGUGAAAGUGUCUAAAUAAUCAUCAAAUCUGGUAGAGUCAUACCCAAGGUGAAAGUGUCUAAAUAAUCAUGUACCGGAGAUAUUUUUGUUCAUGAUGCCAAAAGUAUUUUUUUCUCAAUUAUGAAUUAAACUUAUAAAUGUGUAGAAAGAGA